CACCGACCCCCACCUCUGGACUGUGUGCCCCCCCCAGCCCCCGGCAUCACUCCCAGCACCCCUCCAGAAAUACUUCUUGAGAGAAAAAAAGAGCACGGCUUUAGAACAUGGAAUUAAAUCCGCCCUGCACUUCUCGGAGGCCUGUUUUCUCCCUGUAGACAGGGUACAGGUGCAAGGAAGACAGCCCCCGGGAACCCCUCGGUGGGGGUGGGGGGCCGGGCUACCUGGCUGGGACCCUGGCCCCCACACGGCUGCCUCUCUUCUGGAAGAAGAUCCCCCCCAACCUUGGGCUUAUUCUGCCCCCAGCUUUUCCCUGUAGAUGUCUUGAAGAAUCGUUCUGAAAAUAGGUUUGACUUUUCAACUUUUUCAAACUAAAAAUGAGGUUCUAUCGUUUGCUCCGACUAGUUUGCUGACAAGGCCUCAGUGACCUGAAGCCUGUAUUUUAGGAAAUGUAGUUAAAAAUAAACCAAAUUCAAUGAUUCUCACAACCUCUGUAAUUUUACCGAAAGCACUGAAGAACUGACGUCAGACGUUUGGGAGGGCCGUUCAUCGGAGGUCUGGCCUCGCCUAGUUUCACUUCGUUAUUAUUAAUACAAUCACGUUAAGUUCAAGUGAAAUGAAAUUUAAUACAUUUUAUUUAAAAAACAGGUGGCAGUGAUGAUCUUUGCAACACUGAGAGUGAGCUCUAACAUUUUUGUUAUACUUUUCUAUAUUUUUCAAGUUUCCUACCAGAUAGGUAAGCUAAUAAUCAUAAAAGGCACCAUAUGUGAUUCGUACAAAGGAAAAAUCGACAGCCAUGGAUAUAGAUCCAUAAACACACGGGAGACUGGGCUGUCCAACAGGUGCUCCUGCUGUUUAUAGACUAUGCUGAUGAGCAGAAAUCAAGCUGUUCUCCCAACAGAAAACCACACUGGACUUCCCGUCGUCAACAGCAGGCCAGGAGCUCUCCAGCACCAGAGUUGGAGCCACGGGCUCAGGGCCCAGAUGGCCAACCAACACAGCUGCCAUGUCCAGAGACCUCAGCCACGGCCAGCCUCUGUGGGACAUCACGAGGGCUGGGUCACUGCAAAGGAGAGUCUCAGAGACGCUGGGGACAGAGCUUGGUGGGGGACCAGUGACAGCAUCCCGUGCCGGGACGUUCUCACCAGGGUGGAGCAGGCCCCCAGCUGAGCGGGCCUCGCAGAGCCAUCCAGAGCUCCAACUCGACCAGAGACCCAGCUGGGCCCACCUGCCAGGAGGGGUCCCGCUCGGGCAGCCAGUGCCAGUCCCCCUGACAAAGAGGCUGUCACAGGCGCCAGCGGGCCACACGGAGGGUCAGGGGCCCUACAGAGACCCUACCCAGACCCAGACGGGGCCUGCGGCUUCUCUGCCCAAGGCCAGGGCCCCUUCCACGCUCCACCCCUUAGCUGGGCUAAUGUGGCCGGCCCGGCCGGCCUGGUUCUCACUCCUGGUGGGGGUCUCCUGUGCCUGCUGCCACGUCAGAUGCCCAGUUCUAAGGAGGGCUUCGUGAAGACCUCAGGCAACUGUGGAACCAGCCUUCUCCGGGAGCCUUGAUCUAAGCCACAUCAGUGACACCCCGGCAAGAUCACCCUGCAGAGCUGAGCCGGGCGUCCGCCACGUCCCAGCCUCUGCUAGAAUCCACAGACAGGCCGGCCCCAGGAAAGGUUCCAGCAUCUCUGACUGAGCACACAGACCCACACAGGCCAUCCUGCCAGGUUCCUGGGGCCCGGCUCAACCAGCCCACUGGGCCUAACCCCCACCCACCCCCAGCUCAAGUUGAAGGUCCUCUCAGCCUGGUCAGCCUCAUGACUUGGGGUCUCUGUUCCCCAGUCCGGCCCCUGAGGAAUGAAGCCCCCAUGCGCUGCUGACCUCACAGCAUGGUUUUCCUCCCAGGAGUCAAGAUUUCUUCACAACCAGGGAGCUGUGUGUCCUCUGAUAGUGGGGCCCACACCCAGCACCCCAAGUCUACAGUCCCAGCGAGUCCCCCAUGAGGAGGGACCCGGGCAGCACUGACUCCUUCUCUCCACACUCUAUGCCUGGAAGCUCAUCCACACGUCUGUGGCUCCGGCCUGCCCACCUUGUGCUGACCCCAGCCCCACUGAAUCCUCAAGGUGCUCCUCAAGGUCACGGCCAAGGGAGGCAGAGUAACCCUCCAGGCAGCACACGCCAACAGACCCUCCACACUGGCCAGAACGCAGCUGAGCCCUGACUCGGGCUGUGCAUGAAACGGGGACCCCACACUCCACACGACUCAGAGGAAGACCACAGCUGAGCAGGCACCGGGGGAUGGGACAGCUCUGGAUCACCUCAGGCACAAGAUGACUUCAGGAAAAUCGGGGGAAUUCCUAGUAAAGAGAAGUAAUCUACCACCCAAACCCUCUUCCCGUUCUCCCUCCCCCACAAUUUUUAUUUUAAUGCACAAGUAGUCUGUGACCACCGCAGCAAAGCCAAGAAAUGUCGGCUUGAAAUCCAGUCAGUCCUGAACUGCCAACUACAAAUUCUGCCAUCCACCUGCUUCCUGAACUUCCAGAGGAGCAGCACACGGGUGCCCCAGGGACCUGGCAACCUGGUGGUUUCAGUCCAGGGUCCCAGGAGUGAUGGAUGGCCUCCAGGCACUUCCCCCUCAGCCACUUGCUGGAGACAAGCGGAGGGGUCAGAGUCCAGAGGGCAGCCUCGGAGGCCAGGGGCAACUUCUCUGCACACCAGGGCUCAUUCUGACAGAGGCUCUGGGGGGCUGUCUAGGUUCCUGUGACUGUCAGAGAUGACCUGGCUUCUGAAAGGGGCCAGGCGGGCAGGGACAGAACCUCUUCUUAUCCAUCUCUCUGCCCCCCACCACACUGGCCCUCUGUGGGGGACAGGGCAGCCACAGGGACACACAGGAGAUGCACCGGGAGGUGCGGGGUGGAAAGGCCAGGAGGGUACAUGGCCAGGGGAGGCGGGGACAGGCCAGGUGGUUGGAUGGGAGGGGUGGACGGGCAGGGGCCACACUGGGAGCAGAGGUGGGAGGCGUGAUCCCUGGGCCAAGCCCCCACCGCUCAGCAAAGUUCUCAUCUGGUUCUGUUUCUCGUCCAGACUUUUGCUCCCAGAUCCUCAAGUCAGAUGUGAAACCAGGAUUUCCCAAGACCAUCAAGACCAACAACCCGGAUGUCCUCAGGGCGGCCCGACACAGUGCUGAGAGCUUCAACAACUGCAGCAAUGACGCCUUCUUGUUCCGGGAGUCCCGCGUCAGCAGGGCCCUUGUCCAGAUAGUAAAAGGCCUGAAGUUCAUGCUGGACAUGGACAUUGGCAGAACUACCUGCAAGAAGACCGGACACGCAAACCUGGACAAUUGCAGCUUCCAGACCAACCGCACCCUGCAGUGGACCCUCAGCUGCUACUCUGAAGUCUGGGUCAUCCCCUGGCUGCAGACCACCGAGGUGUCUGUCCUCCACUGUCACUGACUGCCGCCUUCCAGCUCCGUCUCUGUUGUUACCUGUCCUUCGAGAACGGCACCUGCCAGGAACACAAUGGUGGCGCCAGGAGCCCACGGACAGCCACGUCGUCGCUGGGACGGGAAGCCGGUCUGCACAGAUGGGGCGAGUCCUCUGGUGCGAGUUACACAGGUUCUCGACCCCAAGGGCCUCCAACCCGACUGCCCCGAGGUCCCAGGCCCUCGAGGAAAGCCCAGAGGACUGUCCUUCAGGCUGAAUAAUCAUCCCAGCACCAGGCAGGGACCCAACCAGCUCAGUCACAACCUCCGAGGUGAACACUUAGGAAUAAACCUGAAUAAAGAACUGACCUCCUUGAA